GUGGUUCCCUAUUUUUUUUUUUUUUUUUUUUUUUUUUUACGGGCGGAGGAGGCAACAUGCGAAAAUACCUGGAAAAUUCUGAGGGCAGAAAAUUCAAGAUCUGGGGAAGGAUAUUUUAGCUGGGCCUUUUUCGUUGUUCCCGGGUUCAAAUCUUUCUUGGUAAUUUGUCAUCAGUCAGCCUCGGAAGACCAUCUCCUUUCGUAAGGAGAGAAAAAGAUAGAGAUUUUGAUUGAAAACACAGCUCUGAUCUACAACUUUGAAGAUUGAUCAACGGUUGAAUUCCACGGUGGACGUUUCCUUUUUUUUUUUUUUUUUUUUCCCUUUCAGAAGCCAGAAAGCCUCGCUGCUCUUUCAACGAAAUUGAGGUUAAACUGGUUUUUAGCUUGUAGAAAUAGGGCAUAAAUCAGGUCUCGAUCGUUCACGCUGUUGAUAUUUAGGGGGGAUUUAAUUGGGAUUAUUUCUAGGGUUCCAAGUGGAUUCCAUCAAGGUUUUCUUGCUUCCCUGUUUUUUGUUGGGUGGGGGAAUGUGAUGAUAUGGGAGAAAAUGCGGCAGCUUUGCAUACAGCUAUAAAUUCAGUGCAGGCACUUGGAAAGGGCUUCGACGUGAACUAUGAUACUAGGUUGCUUUAUUGUAAGGGUGCAGCAGGGUCAAGAAUUGUGGCUAUUGACCAAGAGCACACUAGGGAUUUAUACUUGUCUGAUAAUUUAGUUAUCUCUAAUGUUUCAAGGGACAUCAAGAAUUCGCAGGAGCCAAGCGGUCGUGGUGGAUUUGGCGUUUGCAGUUACAAUAAGAUGGUGGAAUAUUUCAAUGAGAAGGCUGGCCUCUCAGGUCAUACUCCACUCGGUAGCUUUAAUUCUGGAUUUAGUUUUACGGGUAAUAGGGAUAUAGAUGCUCCUUCCACAAAGUCUCUUUGCAUGGAUGGAUUCUUCAUCCCGCUUGCUAGAAUUCAGCUUGCCAAUCCCUUGGUUUUAAGCGAAAAUGUUAGACUGGCAGUGCCGAAAUCCUGGGACCCACCGGCCCUUGCAAGCUUCAUUGAAAACUUCGGUACUCAUGUUAUUACAUCUGUAACUAUUGGUGGCAAAGAUGUAAUCUAUGUCAAGCAGCAUAUAUCAUCACCUCUCUCGAUUAUGGAAAUCAAGAAUUAUGUUCAAGACAUUGGAAACCAAAGGUUUUCCAAUCCAGAAGGCCUUACGAAUUCUGGUCUAUUAAGGUACAAGGAUAAGGGCAGCGAUCCUUCUUUGUUCAACAGCCAAGGGAUAUACCCUCAACCAGCCAGUGCACCUUACCUCUCUCGUAGUGGCAAAGAAGAUGUUACUGUCAUAUUCCGAAGAAGGGGAGGGGAUGAUCUGGAGCAGAGCCAUACUCAAUGGGCAAAAACAGUCUGUGCCUCUCCAGAUAUAAUUGAGAUGUCGUUCUAUCCAAUAACUGAACUUCUCGAUGGGGUCCGAGGCAAGGAGCAUUUGGAACGAGCCAUUGCUCUUUAUCUAGAGUAUAAGCCUCCAAUGGAAGAGCUGAGAUAUUUCCUAGAAUUUCAGGUCCCUCAAAUAUGGGCCCCUGUUCAAGAUAGGUUCCCAGGGCAAUCAAGAAAGGAGCCCGUUUGCCCGUCAUUACAAUUCAGCAUGAUGGGGCAGAAGAUGUAUGUUAGCCAGGAGCAGGUUUCUGUGGGAAGAAAGCCCGUGACAGGCAUGCGGCUAUCUCUUGAAGGAUCAAAACAGAACCGGCUUUGCAUCCAUCUUCAGCAUUUGGCAACACUUCCGAAGGUCCUCGAGCCAUACUGGGGCUCGCAUGUGGCAAUAGGUGCUCCCAAAUGGCAGGGCCCUGAAGAGCAGGACAGCAGAUGGUUUGAGCCUGUGAAGUGGAAAAAAUUCUCCCAUGUGAGCACUGCCCCAAUCGAGAACCUAGAAACCUUUGUAGGCGAUCUCACCGGCGUGUAUGUAGUGACGGGAGCGCAGCUUGGAGUGUGGGAUUUUGGUUCGAGAAAUGUCCUGCACAUGAAGCUUUUAUAUUCCAGGGUUCCAGGAUGCACGAUUCGGAGAUCGUUAUGGGACCACACCCCGAAGGAGAAGUCGAAAAAGAGGGAUGGCCCUGAUGACUCAGGUUCGAGCUCUGGGGAGGAGUUGUUGGGCAAUAAACUGGCGAAAUUCGUGGACAUGUCUGAAAUGAAGAAAGGGGCGCAGGAUCAGCCGGGGCACUGGUUGGUGACAGGGGGGAAGCUUGGUGUAGAAAAGGGGAAAAUUGUAGUGAGACUCAAGUAUUCAUUGAUGAACUACUAGAGAGAGAGAGAGAGAGUGGUGUGUGAGAAUAUGAGAGAGAAGAAUAUUGUAAAUUGCGUCCGGACUGAGUUGGUUGGUUGGUUGGUUGGUUUGUGGUUUUACAUACAUACAUACAUACAUACGUACGUACAUUCAUUCCUUGGGGAUC